UAAGGUUGUAAGUGGUAAAAAUUGUACCAUGCAAAAAUUGAAAACGAAGCACGACAACAUGAAACAGAAUUGGCAGUUGUUCAAUAGACUGAUGACUGUUGAGACAGGUUUGGGGUUCAAUUUUGAGACUGGAAAGGUUGAGGCCACUGAAGAUUGGUGGGCAGCUAGAAUUCAGGAGAAUAUCAACUUUAAGAAGUUUAAGAAUGGAGGCUUUUAACUCCGUGGGGAGCAAGACAAGCUUUGGGGGGGUAGCUCUGCCAAUGGUGAGAACUGUGUAUCUCCACAUAUCGUAUUAGACAAUGACUUCAUACAGUCAUUUGGAGCUGAUUGUUACACUCCAAGUCCAGUAGACUCAAGCUAUGAUAGGUUUGUUGAUGAGUUCUCCACUGGUUCAUCACCAGUGAAGGCUAGCACACCCACCCCUGGAUCUACUAAUACUGGGGGAAGCAGGAAGAGGAAGAGAAUGACACAAGAUACCAUAGAUCCUAAGUUUGACAAGUUGUUCCAGCAAUUGCAAAUGGUUUCUGAGAAGCAAUUUUCUUAUUUAUCUACAAAACAAGAAUAUUAUGAUGUGAAGAAAGAAGUUGCAAAGAAAGUUGAAAAUGUGCAUCCUAUCCCAGUUGUGCAACCUGUCCAGCCAUUGAUGCCCGUGGAUCCUUCAUAUGAUGCCUCUAUUAAGGCCCUGGUUGAUAUGAACAUAGCUGCUGAAAAUCCAGCACUAUUUUACUUUGCUGUCCAGCUGUUUAAUACCAACAGUCAGAGACAACUUUUCCUUGCAUUACCAGAGAGCGCACGACUUGGUUAUAUUGAGCUACUAUUCAAGCAGCAUGAUGGAAAAGCUCCAAUUGGAUGAUGUAUUCUGGGUUGAGAUCAAUUAUUUAUACAUGUAAUUUAGUUGGUUAGAUGAACUUGUUAAUGUCAUUGAAGACAAAUUUCGAUUUUCAAUUUAUGUAUUGGACAAAUGCAGUUAUUUUAUGUUAUGUGAACUGUGAUGAUUU